AUGGCUAAGGUAUCAAUGUUGUUUUCCUUUCUUCUGGGUUUGGUGCUCCUUUCCCAAGCACAUGGAAGUGGAGAGAAGAUUGGGUUUUAUGAACUUAGAAGAGGAGAUUUUGAGAUGAGAGUUACGAAUUAUGGUGCUACCGUUCUAUCUGUUGUGCUUCCUGAUAGAAAUGGAAAUUUGGCUGAUGUUGUUCUUGGUUACGAUUCUAUUAAGUCUUAUGUGAAUGAUACAACUUACUUUGGAGGGCUUAUCGGACGAGUGGCAAAUAGAAUCGGACAUGCUGAAUUCACUUUGGAUGGCAAAACCUACAAAUUGCCAGCUAAUGAUCAUGGCAACACACUCCACGGCGGUUUCAAAGGGUUCAAUAAUGUUAUUUGGACUGUAACAUCCUACAAGAGAGACAGCCACAUAACAUUCCACUACAACAGUUAUGACAAUGAGCAAGGAUUUCCUGGAAAACUUGAGGUGGAUGUGACUUACAUGUUGAUGGAUACAAACAAAUUGGUUGUGAAAAUGAUUGCAAAAGCAAUAGACAAAGACACACCGGUGAACUUAGCACAGCAUACAUACUGGAAUAUGAGAGGCCAUAACACGGGCGACGUUCUUUCGCACAGAGUUCAAAUCUUCGCAUCCAAAAUCACUCCGGUCAACAAAAAACUCAUCCCUACGGGAAAGCUUCAAUCCGUGCAGGGCACUCCAUACGACUUCCGUCGGCCAAAGGAAGUCGGAAAACAGAUCGACGAUCUGCCCGGUCUCUACGAUAUCAACUUCGCCGUAGACAGGAAAAGCAAGAAACACUUGAACAAAGUUGCCGUAGUGAGGGAUCCAGUGUCCGGGAGGCAAAUGGAGUUGUGGUCAAACCAGGUUGGAGUGCAGUUCUACACAAGUGGAAUGUUGAAUAACACCGUUGGAGGCAAGGAUGGUGCUGUUUACAAAAAGCAUGCUGGUAUUGCUUUGGAGACACAGGGGUUUCCUGAUUCUGUUAAUCAUCCGAAUUUUCCUUCUCAAAUUGUUCGUCCUGGACAGAUUUAUCAACACUACAUGGUUUAUAGGUUCACUGCUUAUUAA